AUGACUGAUAAAUUAAUUAGACUCCAAUGUGGAUUCCAAAACUAUGACUGGGGGAAAGUCGGAUCGUCUUCAGCCGUGGCUCAGUUUGUCAAGAAAUCUGAUCCUUCAAUCACCAUCGAUGAAUCGAAGCCAUAUGCUGAAUUGUGGAUGGGUACUCACCCUUCAGUCCCAUCUCAAGCUAUUGGAUUCAAUGAAACAUUGCGCGAAUUAAUCACGACUCACCCUCAAGAAUUGUUAGGUGAAACAAUCAUUAAGAAAUUUGGUUCAUCCAAAGAGUUGCCAUUUUUGUUUAAAGUCUUGAGUAUUGAAAAAGUGUUGUCUAUCCAAGCACACCCUGACAAAGCUUUAGGUGCUCAACUACACGACCAAGAUCCAAAGAAUUACCCCGAUGACAAUCAUAAACCAGAAAUGGCCAUUGCUGUUACUGAUUUUGAAGGAUUUUGCGGGUUUAAGCCAGUUGAUCAGUUAGCGUCCGCUUUGGAAUCAGUUUCCGAGUUGAAGCAAAUUAUUGGAGAUGAAUUGAUUAAAGAAUUCGUGGCCGGAAUCAAGCCUAGUGCUGAAGUUGGCACCCAAGAUGAUAAAACGAAUCGUUCCUUAAUUCAAAAAAUUUUCAGUAAAUUAAUGAAUACAGAAGAAAGCGAAAUAAACAAACAAGCUGCAUCUUUAGUCCAAUCAAGUGAACUGAACCCUGAAAUAUUCACCAAGCUCGAUCCAAGAUUACCUGAAUUAAUCCAAAGGUUAAACAAGCAAUUCCCCAACGAUAUUGGGUUAUUCUGCGGAUGCCUCUUGUUGAAUCAUGUUGCUUUGACCAAAGGUGAGGCUAUGUUUUUGCAAGCCAAAGACCCACAUGCUUACAUUAGCGGAGACAUCAUUGAAUGUAUGGCUGCUUCGGAUAAUGUUGUACGUGCUGGUUUCACACCUAAAUUCAAAGAUGUCAAGAACUUGGUCGAUAUGUUGACUUAUGCUAGUGAGCCAGUUGAAAAACAAAAAAUGCAACCUAAAAAAUUCCCUAGAUCGACUGGUGAUGCCAUUUCCGUCAAUUUAUUUGAUCCUCCAAUUGAAGAAUUCUCCGUAUUGCAAACUGUUUUUGAUAAAAAGGGAGGAAAGCAAACAUACCAAUCAAUUGAAGGUCCAUCUAUUAUAAUUGCCACCAACGGAUCGGGUGAGAUCAAGAUUGCUGGUGGUCAAAACACGGAAAAGAUCGAUACUGGAUACGUGUUUUUCGUUGCGCCAAACACCGAAAUCGAAUUGAUUGCUGAUAACGGUGAUGAACAAUUUACCACUUAUAGAGCAUUUGUUGAGGCAUAA